UAUGCCGGUGCUGUAGAGCAGGGUCUAUUCUCACUUGCCGUUACUAGACGAAUGAACGUUGUUCUAUAUAGCCUUUCUUUCCAGUUUAAUAUUUAAAAAAUAUUUCUGCACGGAAUAAGAGAGAUUAUGUCCAGACAGCUCACAAUGAAUCCAGCUUUCCUACCUUCGCAAACUAACGGUGUUUUGAAGGCGCUCCUGGAAAAACCUCUGAAACUACCUUUACGCCAAGAUGAAGGCUUUGUUAAGGAGAGAGAGAAGGUGAAAAAGCUGGAGGAAGAAGGAAAUGCUCCUCAGUCAGCUUUCUUAGGGCCAACGCUCUGGGAUAAAACAUUGUCUUAUGAUGGAGACAACUUUCAGUUGGAGUAUAUGGACCUUGAGGAGUUUCUCUCUGAAAAUGGCAUCCCCUCCAGUCCCGCACAACAUGACCAAAGCCUCCAUCACCAGCAGCAGCAGCAGCAGCAGGCUUCAAUGCCUCUGGGUCCCAUCUCAGUCAUGGACCUCAGCAGCCGGGCUGUGACCUCCAUAAAUACAGGCAUGGUUCCUCAGAACUGCCUCCACAGCCCGGGCAGACCAGUUUUGCCUCCUUCACGUAACACACCAAGUCCAGUAGACCCAGAGGCUAUUCAGAUACCAGUGAGCUACGAGCCCGAUCCAGCAGACCUCGCUCUGUCCAGCGUGCCGGGCCAGGAGGUUUUCGAUCCACGUAAACGCAAGUUCUCUGAAGAGGAGCUGAAACCUCAGCCUAUGAUCAAGAAAGCACGCAAAAUCUACAUUCCUGAUGAUAUGAAGAAUGAAAAAUACUGGGCACGACGCAGAAAGAACAACAUGGCUGCCAAGAGGUCACGGGACGCUCGACGCCUAAAGGAGAAUCAGAUUGCCAUCCGGGCUGGUUUUCUGGAGAAAGAGAAUGCGGCUCUCCGACUGGAAGUUGCCGACCUACGGAGAGAGCUGGGACGGUGUAAAAAUGUCUUAACAAAGUAUGAAGCUCAACACGACCCCCUGUGAGACCACCCAGGUGCUCUUCAAGUUCCCCCACCCAUGCCCUUCCAAUUCGAAGGACAAUAUUCUUGGGUUGAAGUCCACUGGAUCUGUUUUCCAGCCAGAUCUCAGUCUGUUUUUGACACCUUAUAAGGCAGAAACAUUACUUUAGAGAUCUAUCCACUAUCUUUCUCUAUUUGUAAUCGCAAACAAAGCCAUCGUUGUUUGCUGAUCAUGUUACUUAUUAUUUUACUGUGUUGUAGCAUUUGUCCACAAACGUUUGCCUUGAUUUGUCGUUUAAUCUGAGCUAGUGGAUCUUCUGCUGUUCCACUACAGACACACAUUGAGUUGUGUAUGAGAGGGGUACAUGUGCAUAGCUGCUUGGGGCACAUAAAGGUUUUGUGUCUCCAUAAAGACAAUAUUCUCACAGACAGAAUAGAAUGUAGCAGGAUUUGAGAGUUUGAAUGCGUUAAAUAAUUCUACAUGACCAUAAUUACUAAAUAUAUGUAUAUCCUUGGAGACAAUCAAGUUGUCAGAGGUCCAUUUAUUCUGCAUUAGCAUGCUUUUGAGUUCAAACCGUGAUCAAGGAAGGCAUUUCGAACAAGGUCUCAAUGCCCUUAUUGCUGACACAAACAGGCAACCUGCUUUUUAAAGUAUAUUGAUAUGGUUAUGUUGCCUUUUGUUGGUCAGUUGUGAAAUGAAUGUAGUGCAAACGUGUUUUAUGUCUAUCACUCUUUACUACAGACCAAGUGAUAUGAAAUACAAUAAGGUUAUAUUGUCAUAUUACAAUUAAAUGUUUUUACAAAGUUAUUCUUGCUUUUGUACAGUAUUUUCAUAUGAAUUUCUGAAUAUAUAUCUAUGUAAUCUGAUGUAUACUGUAUAUUUAUAGGCUUCAAAUUCUAUGGAAUAAAGUUUUAACUCUACAGGUAACUGUAUAUGGGCAUUAAUAUAAUACAUUUAGUACCAUGAACUUUACAUUAUGGUUUCUUUACCUUUUCUUAUUCAGUCACUUUAGUAUUAUGUGCAUCAGUAUCGAAACUUUUUUUCAUGUUUACUUUUUUUUGAUGUUGUUAAAUUAUAUUGUGAUGUACGAUCAUGAAAUAUGGUAUUAUUUGCCAAACUUGGUAAAAGAGCUCUACUCUUGGCCACAUGUUGUCAAUCAUUGUAUAUUUCAACAAACAAGAUGUCUUUUAUAUUAAAUAUAUUAAAAUACAGCAUGUUUAAAUUUUGACAUUCUUUCUUCAGAUUAUUAUAAGGCUUAAAUAUUUGCAAUAUGUUGUCUGCU